AUGAACAGGAGUCUGUAUUUGGUCAGGAGUCGCUUCAGACGCAAUCAUCUAAGAGUAUACUCCAGCCGUAACAUUGAGGCUAAUGAAAAUGAACCUAUAAAAUUCACCACAAGUGGUGCUGCUGCAAAGAAACCAAUACAACCUGUUAAAAGGGUCAAGAUUGACAUGCCUUGGUAUCAACCAUAUUGUGUUAUUGUCAGUGUUGCCAUAUUCCUUAUUUAUUUCUGUGUGUUACGAGAGGAAAAUGAUAUGGAUCUUGAAUUUGAUAAGACUCUGUAUGAUAGGAUAAAAGGGUUAGAGAAACAGCAGUUACUUUUGGCUUAUAGACAUAAUAAAGAAAAUGGUAAAAGUGUAGAGGACAUUGAGAAGAGACUAAAGGAAAUAGAAGAGGAAGAAGCAAAAGAACUUACACAA